CGCCGCCGCCUCCCGCCGCGCCGAGGCAGGGCAGGGCGCUGCUGGGCCAGCGCUGCGGCGGAGGGGCGGCCCGGCCCGGCCCCGCGGGCGGGCGGACAGACAGACGGACACACCGACCGACCGACUGACCGACGGGCACUGGCGGGGGAGCAGCCCCCAUGGCUCUGGAUUUAUAAACACGGCGCAGAUGGCGGGGCCGGGCCCCCGCGCCGAGCGCUGCCCCGCCGGCCGCUGAGGAGGGAGCGGCGGCGAUGGGGGGCGGCAGCUGCCGGCGGGAUUAGUUGUUGCCUGACGUGGAAAGCGCACCCAUGAUGAAGAGGAGCUCUUGGCUCUCCUAAUCCUUUGUCGGUGAUUUGGAAGCAGCGACCGCUGUGCCUGCUCUUUCGACAUGUCUGGAUCUACGCAGCCCGUCACGCAGAGCUGGCGUGCCGCCGAGCCGCGCUACCCUCCACACGCCAUGUCCUAUCCGGUCCAGAUUGCUCGACCACAUGCGGACGUCGCGCUGUUGGAGUACCAGCACCAUUCCAGGGAUUUUGCUUCCCACCUCCCGCCGGGGUCUAUCAUGCAGCCGCAGCGGCGGAGGCCGUCCCUGCUCUCCGAGUUCCAGCCAGGCAAUGAGAGAUCUCAGGAGCUGCACCUGAGAACCGAGGCGCAUUCCUAUCUCUCAGACCUGACCAAGCCGUCGGACUUGGAGUUCAUUGAAACCAAGAGACCGCGCCUGGAUCUGUUGCAGGACCCGCUGAUGCGGCACUCGCCUCUCCUGAACCAGAGCCAGCAGGGAGGGACAGAGGAUCUCUCAAAGGAUCGUGGCCUGCCUGGCAAACUGGAGCCCGUGUCGCCAGUGAGCCCUGCUCACCCCGACGCUGAGCUGGACCUGCUGCCGGCCCGGCUGUCCAAGGAGGAGCUCAUUCAGAACAUGGACCGCGUGGACCGCGAGAUCACCAUGGUGGAGCAGCAGAUCUCCAAGCUGAAGAAGAAGCAGCAACAGUUGGAGGAAGAAGCAGCCAAACCACCAGAGCCUGAAAAACCCAUCUCCCCGCCUCCUAUCGAGUCCAAACAUCGCAGCUUGGUGCAGAUCAUCUACGACGAGAACAGGAAGAAGGCAGAGGCUGCCCACCGGAUCCUGGAAGGACUGGGUCCCCAGGUGGAGCUGCCAUUAUACAACCAGCCUUCAGACACCAGGCAAUACCAUGAAAACAUUAAAAUAAACCAGGCAAUGCGGAAAAAGUUAAUUUUGUACUUUAAGAGGAGAAAUCAUGCUCGCAAACAGUGGGAACAGAAGUUUUGCCAGCGCUAUGACCAGCUGAUGGAGGCCUGGGAAAAAAAAGUGGAGCGCAUUGAAAAUAACCCCCGGCGCCGUGCCAAAGAGAGCAAAGUGCGGGAAUACUAUGAGAAGCAAUUCCCAGAGAUCCGGAAGCAGCGGGAACUGCAAGAGCGCAUGCAGAGGUUAGAGGAGAAGCGCAGGGUAGGACAGAGGGGCAGCGGCGGGCUCUCCAUGUCGGCCGCACGCAGCGAGCACGAGGUGUCAGAAAUCAUCGACGGGCUCUCAGAACAAGAGAACCUGGAGAAGCAGAUGCGCCAGCUCGCUGUCAUCCCGCCCAUGCUCUACGAUGCUGACCAGCAGCGCAUUAAAUUCAUCAACAUGAACGGCCUCAUGGAUGACCCCAUGAAGGUCUACAAGGACCGGCAAGUGAUGAACAUGUGGAGCGAACAGGAGAAGGAGACCUUCCGGGAAAAGUUCAUGCAGCAUCCAAAGAACUUCGGCCUGAUCGCAUCCUUUCUGGACAGGAAGACGGUGGCAGACUGCGUCCUCUAUUACUACCUGACCAAGAAGAAUGAGAAUUACAAGAACCUUGUAAGAAGGAAUUACCGGCGGCGUGGGAAGAGCCAGCAGCAGCAGCAAAUGCCCCGGAGCAGCCAAGACGAGAAAGAUGAAAAAGAGAAAGAAAAGGAGAAGGAGGGAGAGAAGGAGGAAGACAAGCAGGAAACAGAAAACGACAAAGAAGAACUGACAAAGGACAAGAACGACGACACGUCCGGGGAAGACAACGAUGAGAAAGAAACCGUCACUUCCAAAGGUCGCAAAACCGCCAACAGUCAGGGCAGGCGCAAGGGCCGCAUCACCCGCUCCAUGGCCAACGAAGCCAACAACGAGGAGGCGGCCGCCCCGCAGCAGAGCGCGGAGCUGGCUUCUCUGGAGAUGAAUGAAAGCUCUCGCUGGACCGAAGAGGAGAUGGAGACAGCUAAAAAAGGUCUCCUUGAGCAUGGGCGGAACUGGUCGGCCAUUGCCAGGAUGGUGGGCUCCAAGACCGUGUCGCAGUGCAAAAACUUCUACUUCAACUACAAGAAGAGGCAGAACCUGGAUGAGAUCCUACAGCAGCACAAACUGAAAAUGGAGAAAGAAAGGAACGCCAAGAGGAAGAAGAAAAAAGGCACCGCCGUUCAAAACGAAGAAGCUGCCUUCCCUCCUGCAGCCGAGGACGAGGAGAUGGAGGUGUCGGGGACGAGCGGCAACGAGGAGGAGAUGGCCGAGGAGGCAGAAGCUGCAGUAAAUAACAGCUCCGACACUGAGAGCAUUCCCUCGCCGAGGCCUGAAGCCAAAGAAGGAGGCGAAACCGGGGCCAAGGCACCACCCGGGCCAGGAGGUGACUCCGGCGCAGAACCGGCAGUCAAGUUGGAAGAGGCUCCAACACCCCCCGACGCUCCCACCGCUCCCCCCGCCAACCCCACUCCUGCUGCCAGCCCUCCGCCAGAGGCAGCUCCCGAGCCGCCCAGCAGCGAGGAGAAGGUGCAGGAGGACCUGGUGGUGGACGUGGUGAAAACGGAGGAGCCAGAGGAGAAGGUGAGCGAAGAGCCCUGCAAGAGUGAGGUGAAGAAGGAGGAGAGUGAAGACAGCCAGGAGAAGGACAAGGGGAAUGACAAGAAGGCGGAAAGCGGCGUCAGCGGCGGAGGGACAGCGGGGACGGAGGGGACGCCCAAGGCUGAGAAGAAGGAGAGUCAUAAAGGCAGUAAAGGCCCCGGGGUGAACCCCGACAGCGACUCCAGCGCGACCUGCAGCGCAGAUGAGAUGGAUGAGCAGGAUGCAGUGGACAAGAGCAGGUUGCUGUCCCCCCGGCCCAGCCUGCUUAAUGCCACCAGCGACGCCAGGCUGAACUCCUCGCCGCAGAAGCCGCUGGACCUGAAGCAGCUGAAGCAGCGUGCUGCUGCCAUCCCUCCCAUCAUUUCCGAAGGUUUCUCGGAGGGGAUAUUGCAGAGUGGAAGUGUGAAGCCUCAGGUGCCUCCCCAUGCCUUGGCCCUCUACCAGCAGCAGAUCACAAAAGCCCACGAGUCUGCCCGCGAGGACGUGCCCCCGAGCAAGCUAUCGCAGGCCCAGCAACAGCAGGCUGAGAAGGAGCAGCAGCAGCCGAGCGGCAGUCCCAGGGGAAAGAGCCGGAGCCCCGCUGUUGGUGACAAGGAAGAAAAGUCCGUGCAUUUCUCGUCCAUCGCAGAGGCUCAGAAGCUGAGCGCGGAGCCAGCGGCUGCCUCGUGCUGGCCCCCUGUCCUGUCCUACUCCCGGGAUGUGAUAAAAACCUCUCCCCAGGCUGAGCCCCACUUGUUUCAGUAUAACCCGCCAGGACACCCCAUCCCGCUAAACCUGCAUGAGAGCUCUCGCUCAGGGCUGCAGAGACUAGCGAGCAUCUCCAACCCUCCUCCCCUCAUCUCCUCCACCAAGCACCCCUCCGUGCUGGAGAGACCCGUCGGAUCCAUUUCCCAGGGCAUGCCCAUCCAGCUCCACACGCCCUACAGCUCCGAGCACGCCAAGGUCCCCGUCGGCUCCAUCACCAUGGGCCUGCCGCUGACCAUGGAUCCCAAGAAACUGGUGCCUUUUCCUGGAGUAAAGCAGGAACAACUUUCUCCUAGAAGCCAGGCCAGCCAGCCGGAAAGUCUGGUUCUGCAGCCAUCCCAGGAGGGCUCCAUCCUGCGGGGUACUUCCCUCAGCUCUGCCUCGGGAGGGAGCAUCACCAAGGGAACACCCACAUCCAGACCCCCUCCAGAGUCACCCAUCACCUACCGAGGGUCCAUCACACAUGGCACCCCGGCAGAAGUGCUGUACAAAGGAACCAUUACCAGGAUAAUCGGAGAAGACAGCCCCAGCAGAGCAGAGAAGGCGAGAGAGGAUGCCAUGCCCAAAGGACAUGUCAUCUACGAAGGGAAGAAAGGCCACGUGCUGUCCUACGAGGGUGCAGUUACUGCUUCUCAGUGUCCCAAAGAAGACAGCAGGAGCUCAGGAGCUUCACAUGAGACCACAGGAACCAAGCGGACCUACGAUAUGAUGGAGGGGAGGAUCAGCCGGGGCUUGUCGGCCCGUGAUACCUUAUCUGCCAGCAUUGAAGGUCUCAUGGGUCGAGCGAUCCCUCCGGACCGACACAGUCCCCAUAAUCUAAAGGAGCAGCAUCACAUGCGGGGCUCAAUUACACAAGGAAUACCUCGGUCCUACGUGGAGGCCCAUGAGGACUACCUCAGAAGAGAAGCCAAACAGCUCAAGAGGGAAAACACUCCACCGAGGGACUUAUCUGACGCCUACAAGGUCAGGUCUCACGAGGGCCUCACUCCUCUGAAAAUGAAACCAGCCCAUGAAGGCCUCGUGGCCACGGUGAAAGAAGCGGGAAGAUCAAUCCAUGAGAUUCCCCGGGAGGAGCUGAGGCGGACACCGGACAUCUCUCUGACGAGACCUCUGAAGGAAGGCUCCAUCACGCAGGUGAAUAUGGGGCAAACAGUGAACGAGACCGGUCCUACUCAAGCUCCUGUCCUUGCACAGACCCUGGGGACCAUUCUUAAGGGUACCCCACUGAAGUACGACAGCGGCUCUUCCUCCUCGAGUACCAAAAAGCACGAUGUGCGGUCCAUCAUCGGCAGUCCCGGCAGGACUUUUCACUCUGUGCACUCACUGGACGUCAUCCAAGACCCGAGGAAUCUGGAGAGAGCUUACGAAGAGAGCCUGAAAAACAGGCCAAGCCCGGUGACAAACUCGGGUGGCUCCAUUGCCAGAGGGGCUCCUGUGAUUGUACCCGAGCCGGGCAAGCCCCACCAAAGUGCCCUCGCCUAUGAGGACCACCAGGCAGGGCACAGCACAGCGUUCGGCAGCCACUUGCACAGAGGGUCUCCGGUCUCCACACGGGAGUCCACGCCACGGCAGCACGAAGGGAGCAUCACUGCCGGGAAGCCGGUGUCCCAGGACAGAAAGAUCACCCCCACAUCGAGAGAGCUCACCAACUCCAAAUCUCCGCAUGCCCCGGUGGCAGACCACCACCACCCCAUCUCCCCGUACGAGCACUUGCUCCGUGGCGUGAGCGGGGUUGACCUGUACCGAGGACACAUCCCGCUGGCUUUCGAUCCUGCUGCCAUCCCGAGGGGAAUCCAACUGGAAGCAGCUGCUGCUUACUACCUGCCAAGGCAUCUGGCUCCGAGCCCCACGUACCCCCACCUCUACCCCCCGUACCUCAUCCGGGGCUACCCGGACACGGCUGCCAUGGAGAACCGACAGACCAUCAUCAACGACUACAUCACAUCCCAGCAGAUGCACCACAACGCCGCAGCCACGGCCAUGGCACAGCGGGCGGACAUGCUGCGAGGCUUGUCGCCCCGGGAGCCCUCCCUUGCCCUCAACUAUGCAGCAGGCAUCAUCGACCUGUCCCAAGUGCCACACCUGCCCGUCCUCGUGCCCCCUACCCCUGGCACCUCUGCCACCACCAUGGACCGCAUCACCUACAUCCCCGGCCCCCCCCAGACCUUCGGCAGCCGGCACAGCAGCUCCCCGCUCUCCCCAGGAGGCCCCACGCACAUGACCAAACAGUCAGGAUCGUCGGUGUCCGAGCGGGAACGGGAACGGGAGAGGGAGCGUGAAAAAUCCAUCCUAGCAUCCACCACGGUGGAGCACGCACCCAUCUGGAGACCAGGUACAGAGCAGUCCAGCAGCCGUUCAUCCUCGCACUCUCACAGCCACCAGCACUCUCCUGUCUCACCCCGCACACACGAGACCAUCCAGCAGCGCCCCAGCGUGCUCCACAACACGAGCAUGAAGAUCAUCUCUUCGGAGACCCCCACCCCUUCCGUCCUACGAUCCUCCUCCACCACUACCACAUCACCGAUCCGCUCCACCGCCUUCCCCUCAGCCUCCACCCUGCGCUCCUCCAUCAGCGCAGCGGACGGCUACGCGCCACUGAUGGACCCGGCCGUCCUGCAGAAAGAGGCCUCGAGGGCGCGGGAAGCCAAGGCAGAACGACCCCAGACUGACAACAACGUCUUCACCUCAAAGCUGCCCAGUGGGGCCAACCUCGAACAGUCGCCUUCACCCAUUAAAGCCAUGGAGUCGAGACCUUUACCCGCCUCUGGACCUGGUUCUUCUCAUCACUAUAGCAGAGGACAGGGGAAGAGCCAACAGCACCAUCACCCUCUGGACCAGCAGCACGCAGCCUCGGGCCCCGAGCAGCACAGUAGAGAAAAGAGUCAAAGUAAACCCUUUUCAAUGCAGGAACAGGAGCUCCGAGCACUCGGUAAGACCACCACGACAGCGGCCAACUUCAUAGAUGUGAUUAUCAUGCGCCAAAUGUCUUGCGAUAAGGGGCAGCGAGAAAGAGGCUCGCUAAGUAACGACUCCACUAGUGAUGGCUUUCACGGAGGCUACAGCCCUGAGCGGAUGGAAGCAGUGAGCCCUGUGAGCUCGCCCAGCCUGUCCCAUGAGAAAGGGGCCAAGCUGCUGCAGGAUGCGGAGAAGGGACAUGGGGAGCAUGACCUGAGGCAGAAACAGCAAGGCUCGCUGAAGGCCCCAGCUCCCGAAGCAGCCCACCUGCAGCACCUCCGGCAGCCCGACGGCCCCCAGCCCCAGUGCCAGCCCCUGCAGUCCAGCCAGAGCAUCAAGGGCAUGAACCAGCGGGUGGUCACGCUGGCCCAGCACAUCAGUGAGGUCAUCACACAGGACUACACACGCCAUCACCCGCAGCAGCUCAACUCCCACAUCCAGACCCCGGUGUACUCCUUCCCUGGGGCCACAUGCCCUGUGCUGGACCUGCGCCGCACCCCCAGCGAGGCGUAUCUGCAGCAGCAGGAGCAUGUGGUGGCCUCCAGGAUCUCCCCGCAGAAUGAAGGCGGCAAAAGGUCCCCGGAGCAGAGCAAAGCCUCAGCCGGGAGCGCGUCAGACAACUGUAUCGAGCCGGUGUCUCCACCAGACGGCGUGGGAGAAUCGGAGCACGCCAAGAGCGCCACGUACCCGAUCCUGUACCGCGAGGGCGAGCAGAUAGACCAGAGGAUGGGGUCCAAGUCCCCAGGAAACAACACUCAGCCUCCAGCUUUCUUCAGCAAACUGACUGAGAGCAACUCUGCCAUGGUGAAGUCCAAGAAACAGGAGAUCAUCAAGAAGCUCAGCACAACCAACAAAAAUGAGACGGAGUACAAUGUUGGGCAGCCGGGGACAGAGAUUUUCAAUAUGCCGGCGAUUACCGGAGCAGGGCUAAUCAGUUGUAGGAGCCAGUCGGUCCAAGAGAAUUCCAGUACCAACAUGGGGUUGGAGGCAAUAAUUAGGAAAGCCCUAAUGGGUAAAUAUGACGAGCAGUGGGAAGAGCGCUCACCUCUCAGUGCCAAUGCUUUUAACUCUCUGAAUGCCAGUGCAAGCCUGCCCGCUGCUAUGCCCAUAACUCCUGCUGAUGGACGAAACGAGGACGUGCGCUCCUUGCCAGGAGGAGGAGGGAAGCCAAAGAUCGCUGCCAGACCCAACAGCCGCAAGGCCAAGUCCCCGGCGCCGGGUCUGUCCUCGGGCGAGCGGCCGCCCUCCGUCUCCUCGGUGCACUCGGAGGGGGACUGCAACCGGAGGACGCCCCUCACCAACCGCGUCUGGGAGGACAGACCGUCGUCCGCAGGUUCGACGCCGUUCCCCUACAACCCGCUCACCAUGCGGCUCCCCAGCGGGGUGGUGACGGCAGCCCCCGCCGCCCCCCUGCCACAGGGGACCCCCGGCAGCCAGCACCACGCCUGGGACGAGGAGCCCAAGCCCCUGCUCUGCUCCCAGUACGAAACCCUUUCGGACAGUGAAUGAAGUGAGCCAGGGGCAGGGAGACGGCGACCAAACCCAGGGUGUGGGGAGCGAGGGGGACGCCCGGGGCGAGCGCCCACCGCCCCGGCCCCGCCGGCUCUCAGGAGCGAAGACGCAGGAGCAGAGCUAUUUUAUUUUUUUCCCCCCCUUUUUUUUUUUUUUUUUUUUUUUCCUUCCUCUCCCAACCAGCCAAUUUGGGGGGAUAUUUGGUGGUUGGUUUCUUUUAAAAAAAUUUUUGUUUGUUUGUUUGUUUUUUUUCUUUCUUUCUCAACAUCUGGAAAUUUCUGCAUCCUCUUCGGUCUGAACAAAAACACACACAAAAAAAAAAGAAAAAAGCCUUAACAAGACAAAACCCAAGGAACCCAUCUUCGAUCUUGGCAGCCUUGCUGGGCGGUGACCCCCCCACGCUGGAGAGGGACUGAGAGCGGCCGCGUGCCCGAAGCGCGCGUGUGCCAGGGCCGCGCGCGCUGGGACGCUCUGUCGGCACGCUCCCGCGGAGCCGAGCCAGGGGCUGCGGGAUGCUCCCCCGCAGGAAUGCAAAACCUUGAGCGGGUUAAAAAAAAAAAAAAGCAAAACAAACAAACAAAAAAAACAACAAAAAAUGUUUAAGAAGUGAAAUAGGAUGGAACUGCCCCGGUUUUGUUCUCCCUGAGCUGACACGAGGGCUGGCAGCCCGUCGUUGGCAAGACGUAUCGGCCCCGGAGCGGUCUCGACGCGCUUCAAACGUGGCUGGGAUGAGUGGGCAGGGGAGGGAGUGAAGAGAUAUUUCUUAAAAAAAAAAAAAAAAAAAAAAAAAAAACCACAAAAACAAACAAAAAAAAAACCACAAACAAAAAAUCCUGGUCCCUUCGGUGGAAGCGAUCCCGGGCUUAAAUCGGAGCGGGCAGGGAUGUCCCCGGGCCGGCUCACACGCUGCGCAGCGAGGGGCUCGGUUGCUUUAAGUGCAUUGUUUUCUGAAUGGUGAGAAAAGGCAAUUGUAAAUUGUAUUGGUCUACAGGGUAUAUUUUUGAUACCUUCGGUGAAUUAUGUCAAUAUUUUACGCAAGGAAGGACUUAAACAAAACACAGUAUUACAUGCUGUAAAAGAGGUUCUGUUCUUACAUGCAGGCUUUGAUGCGUUUGUCCAUUGUAUGGAAGCAUUUAAAAGAAACGGAAGGUAACGGUGAUCCAUCAAAGUUAUCUGUAAGUCAGGAGAAUGUAUGAACUUAGUUUAAAAAACGCAAACAAACAAAAUCUUGCCAUGGUUGCAGGGCCCCCCGUCACACACACACACCCCCCCACACCCCCCUUUGCUGACUCGGCAGGAGCCGGUUGUAGCCGUUGAUUCUCCGGAGCCCUCCCAGCUGGCCGGGCGCAGGGGCAGAGCGGGCAGGAGGCGGCGUGGCAGGAGGGUCACGGGAAACUUUAAAAAAAAAAACAAAAAAAAACCAAAAAAAAACACAAAAAAAACACACACAAAAAAAACAAAAACAGAAAAAAAGUUUAAAAAAAGUUUUUAUUGUAUUUUUGUGAUACACACGAAUGCUCUACUUUGCAUUAUUUUUUUUCAUUCCAUGAUGUUGGCUCAUAUCUGCAGUUACAUGGUUAAAGAACAAAAUAUUAGACUUUUUUUCAUUCACUUCUGCUUUCUCGCUCUGGGGGAGGGGGGGGAGAAAUGGCAAAAAACCCACAAAACUAUGUAUUAAAUGCUUUGCAUUCUAUACGCUAGAGGAACCCAGAGCACGGCACAGGACUGUCUGCCUCUCGGGCUGCCGGGGGGGCAGCCGGCCCCCGCAGCCUCCCGCAGCCCCCCCGGCCCACGCGCAGGUCCGGUGGCGAGGCCGGCGCUGCCACCGUCCCCACGGAUCGUUCUUUUCCCCCUGCAACGUUCCCAGGUUGAUUCUGAUUUCAAAGCAAGAGAAUGAUGGUGUUUGUUGUUUGUUUGGGGUUUGUUGUUUUGUUGUUUUUUUUUUUUUGUUGGGUUUUUUUUUGGUUUUGUUUUUUUUACAAUGUACAGGUUUUUAAUGUU